GAGGAGGCGGUGGGGAAGCUGAGGGCGAGCGUGGAGGAGCAGCAGGCAGCGGCGGAGGCGAAGCGGGGGGAGAUUGGCACGGCGCUGGUGGCAGGGCUGAGUGCGGGCGAGCAGGCAGAGGUGGAGGCGCUGGUGCCGGAGAUUGACAGCCUCAAGCAGCAGCUGCUGGCCUGCAAGCACACCCGCCUGGAGGUGGAGAGUCGCAUGAGUCAGCUGGAGACUGUUCUAACAGAGAACUUGCUGAGGAGGCAGGACGAGGUGCAGGCGGAGGUGGACGUGGUGCAUGUGGCGUCCCGACGCAGCGAGCUGGAGGGGCGCCGGGCAGAGGCGGCGGCUGCUGAUAACGCGCUGCAGGAGCUGGUGCAGGAGCACAAGCGUGUGGGGAGCCGUAUGGAGCAGCUGAUGAAGGAGAUUAGGGAGCUCAAAGCGAACAAGGACAAGCUCAAGCAACAAGAGGAGGAGUGGGAGCGGGCGGUGCAGGACGAGGGCAAGGCGUUGGAGCAGCUGUUGAACCAGCGCAGCGUGUGGCAGCACAAGAGGGACGAGGCCAGCAAGAAGAUCCGCGACCUCGGCUCGCUGCCUGCUGAUGCCUUUGACAAGUACCAGAAGCAGAGUAUGCGUGAGCUGCACCGGCUGCUGCACCGGUGCAACGAGGAGGUGCAGGGCUUUGGGCAUGUGAAUCGCAAGGCGCUGGAUCAGUAUGUGAACUUCACAGAGCAGAGGGAGGAGAUGCACCGGCGACAGCUGGAGCUGGAUAGGAGCGAUGAGAAGAUCAAGGAGCUGAUAGGCGUGUUGGACCAGCGCAAGGACGAGGCCUUGGAGCGCACCUUCAAGCAGGUGGCUCGUAACUUCCGAGAGACCUUCGCGCAGCUGGUGCGCAGCGGGCACGGGUCGCUGGUGAUGGUGCGCAAGCGGAAGGAGGACGAGGCGGUGGAUGAGGAUGAGGACGAUGAGGAGGGCGGCGGGGGCGGCAGGGAUGGCGAUACGGACAGUCGGCUGGAUAAAUACGCUGGAGUCAGGGUCAAGGUGUCGUUCACAGGCCAGGGAGAGACGCAGGCGAUGAGGCAGCUGUCGGGAGGGCAGAAGACCGUGGUGGCCCUCGCACUCAUCUUUGCCAUCCAGCAGUGCGACCCUGCUCCGUUCUAUCUGUUUGACGAGAUAGACGCAGCUCUGGACCCCCAGUAUCGGGCUGCUGUGGGAAGCAUGAUCCGCAAGCAAGCAGACGAGUCGGGCACGCAGUUUGUGAUCACGACGUUCCGUCCCGAGCUGGUGAAGGUGGCGGACCGCGUGUACGGGGUGUUCCAUAAGAACCGCGUCAGCACCGUGAAGGUCAUCGACCAGCAUGCUGCCCUCGCGUUCAUUGAGCAUGACCAGGGCGGACCCACGGAUUUCCACGUCCCUCCCACAGUGCCCUUCCCAUCAGCAGCAACGCUGCCAGUGGCGUUUGGCACGGCGCAUCUGGCGCUCUCGCAGCGAGCACACGUGGGGAAGGGACACGUGGUGCUCGUACUGGGAGCGGGGGGCGGCGUGGGCGUGGCAGCAGUGCAAAUAUGCAAGCUUCUAGGGGCCACUGUCAUUGCCGUUGCAAGAGGAGCAGAGAAGGCCAAUCUUCUAACAUCAAUGGGAGCGGACCUCGUGAUUGACACGGCGCAGCACACACACCCCAACGCCAUCCGCGACCAAACCACCCAGGGCAGCAGCAGGGGGGUGGACGUGCUGUUUGACACGGUGGGCGGCGAGCAGUUCAAGCAGGGGCUGCGCGUGAUGCGGUGGGGGGGGCACGUGCUGGUCAUUGGCUUUGCCAGUGGCACCAUUCCCAGCAUCCCCGCCAACAUCGCACUUGUCAAGAACCUCACCAUUCACGGUGUGUACUGGGGCAGCUACAUGCAGCACGACCCGGAUGUCCUGCGUGCCUCCAUGCACCAGCUCCUUGCAUGGCUUGCUCGUGGUGACAUCUCCGUACACGUCUCACACUCCUUCACAUUCGACCAGGUGCACCAAGCAAUCUUCACUCUCCUAAAGCGAAAAGCCGUGGGCAAGGUGGUUCUACUGCCUCCCUCUGCCGCUGCUGGUGAUUCUGCUACGGCUCAUGCCGGCACUGCUGGUAGCUCAGGUCACAUGAGCCGACUGUGA